AUGGUUCGUUCUUCUUCCACAUCCCGGGCUGCAGGCCUUCUUCCCGUGGCGCGCGAUGUGGCCGCCGCAUUCACAUUUCCGCGGACGGGGUUGGUCGCCCGCAACCGGACCGUUCUCGCGGCCAUGACCAACCGGCAGUCGUUUCCGGACGGCACGCUGUCAAAGGAGGAAGUUGAUUUUCUGGUCCGGCGAGCGCAGGGCGGGUUUGGCAUCGUCACCACGGCGUGUGCGCACGUGACGCGGGACGGGCAAGGCUUUCCGGGCGAGCUCGGCGUGUUCGACGACAAGCACCUGCUGGGCCUGGGGUUUCUUGCCACGGAGCUGCGCAAACACGGCGCGCUGUCCCUGGUUCAGAUAUUUCACGCCGGGCUCCAGGCGCCGCAGCACCUGACCGGCGAGGUCCCGAAGAGCCCCUCGGGACCGCUGCAGGUAGGCACGCACCUGUCGGAAACGGGGCUCUCCCGGGAGUUCACGGAAUCGGAGGUCUGGGACGUAAUCGACGCCUUCGCGACCGCGACCCGGCGGGUCUUUGAUGCAGGAUUCGACGGCGUCGAGCUGCACGGGGCGCACGGGUAUCUGAUCAACCAGUUCCUGGGGGCGGAAACCAAUUUUCGAACGGACGGGUUCGGCGGCACGCGGCAGAACCGGUUUCGCUUUCUGUUCGAAAUCAUUGCCGCGAUCCGGCGGAUUUUACCGCCACCGGGCGCGGCCGACUUCCGCCCCUUUCUGAUCGGCGUCCGCAUCUCGCCGGAGAGGAAUUGUGGGGUCUUGCUGGAAGACAGCAUCGAGCUGACGAAGCAGCUGCGGGACCUGCAGGUGGACUUCAUUCAUCUCUCCUGCUGGGACAUUCGCCAAACCUCCUCACAGGAGACGAAUUCCAGCAAAACGCUGACCGAGCACUUCACCUCGCGAAUAAAGGACCUGCCGCCGGUGAUCACGACGGGCCGAAUCUGGACGCACGACGACUGCUUGCUGGGUCUGCAGCAAGGAGCGGAUUUGCUCGGGUCCGCUCGCGCCUCCAUCGGGAACCCGGACUGGGCGAUGGAAAUCGUACAGCAGGCGAGUGCGUACCAGCCGAAGUUGCCUCCCUAUUCCGAAGACCACCUGAAAAGACAGUCGCUUAGCGACGUCUUUGUGUACUACAUGCGACGUUGGCGCUUCGUUGAGCGCGACGGGAAAGUCCUGCCAUUUCGGGAAUAG